AUUUCAUAUCUCAUAUCGCCAUUUCCAUUCAACACAUUCAACAAAUUCGAGAAAUCACAUCGCUGCCAGCUGCAAACCGUAAGAGAGUUGCACUUACACGGCAACGGCGACUCCUCUUACUAUGCAUAAGGCUUAUCUAGAAUCAAUUUCUUAAGCUUCACUCGCUUAUCUUACAUCCCGUCCGCUUCAUCUAUCUUCGCCAUGAGCGCCACCCAUUUAUCAUGGCAUCUUUAUCCUCCUCAACAGUGGCUUCAGCCUUGAUACGCCCCCGAGUCACGAUCGCUGUGGUCUCUGCCAUUGCAGCAGCCUCUUUAGGUUUCUAUUACUAUCGUACCAGCCAGAGCCGACCUUCAGAACCCGACAGUACUACUACUACUGCAGGAACCGGUUUACAUCGCAGCAACGCCUUAAGACAAGCUCGCCGCGCGUCCCAUCGUCAUGACGACUCUUCAGAAUCCGACUCGCACGGCGACGAAAACGAAGAUGCCGCAAAUCUUGUCAACUCCCUUCUCGCAGACAGCGCUGCCGUCGCUGAUGACCAGAACCCGACCGAAUGGUACAACGACAACACCCAAGCCCCACGGCAAAGGACCGGCGAGAAUAUAGUUACUCUCUUAUUCCGUGUGUCCGAAGAUAAUGCGAGACGUAAUGCAUAUGUUCAUCGUGGCUGUCAAUGUAAUGCUUGUGGCAUGGUCCCGAUUCGUGGGAUUCGAUACCGCUGUGCCAACUGCGCUGACUUCGACUUAUGUGAGGUAUGCGAAUCUCAGGGUUUGCACAACAAAACGCACGUCUUCUACAAGGUCAAAAUACCCGCGCCGCCCUUCGGAACUCGACAUGUACAACCUUCCUGGUACCCAGGCGACCCCGACAGCGCUAUUCGUAGUAUCCCGCGAUAUCUGAUUGCCAGGUGGUCUCAAGAAACCGGUUUCGAGCGUGUUGAGCUCGAUGCAUUCUGGGAACAGUGGACUUUCAUGGCCAACACCGAAUGGAGAGAUGACCCCAAUGGCCUUGGGUUGGCAAUGGAUCGUAAAACUUUUGAGCGAUGUCUUGUUCCGUCUGGCGGUUAUCGGCAUGCUGCACCUAACCUGAUUCACGACCGUAUGUUUGCGUUCUACGACACCAACCAUGAUGACCUCAUUGGAUUCGAGGAGUUCCUACACGGUGUAUCGUAUAGAAAGAGGAAAGAUAAACUGAGGCGCACCUUUGACGGAUACGACAUUGACGGUGAUGGUUAUGUUAGCCGACGAGACUUCCUACGUAUGUUCCGAGCUUAUUACGUGCUAUACAAGCAGAUGCAUAAGGACAUCCUCGACGGUCUCGAUGAUCACAUGAUGACAACAACCGAAGCACAGCAGCUUAUCAACGGCAGGCAACCUUUAAGUAGUCUUUUUGGUCGAGAAGGCAGAGUCCCUUCAGCUGAUCAUUUAAGGCCAAUGGAGGGCAAGACAUUCCAUGCGAAUGGAGACGCUGAGAUCAAUGAUGGCAAAGGAGUUGUGAACGAGGAUAAGCAAGAUACGGGCAACCGCGAAGAGAUCCUGAGCAGUUUGUUUGCCAGAACCGCGAGCCAAAGCCUAUUUACCGAAUCGUUUGGGUCCUCUAGGAGACCACAAUCCCCCGAUGAAGAUACUCGUUACUGGUCCGGAAUAAUUAACCCUCCCCAUACUACGGCCGACCUGGCAUCUUUACUCUCUGGCGAAUACCCACCAAUCACUGAUAUUCUCGAUUCAUUCCAUCAAGAAGGGCAAAAUUCUCUCGAUGACGUCGAGAGCGCUUCGUCUGAUGAGGAUGGCCAGAGCGAACAUGAAGGUGAAGGCGCCGACGAAGCCGACGAGGGCGAACCUGUCGAUCGCAACUUAGCAAGCGAAGCUACGGAGCCAACAACUACUCGCGCCAUCCCCGAUGCUAGUAGAUUUACAAAUACGCUACCUACGGAGAGCCAGCUCAGAGUUCAACAUCAAGCAAUGGUAGCUAAUAGUCACCGGCUAGGGAUUGACAAACGGAAGAGGCUGUAUGCUAGAAGGAAGCUCCUUGAAAGAUGGAAACGACGUCAAUUUUAUCUAGACGAGGAAGAAGGUGCAGCACCUCCACAAGAAUGGGAGGAAAACCAAGAUGUACUGUUGAACUUGAAUAACGUCGCUGAAUCGUCCAAGUCAGCUCCGCAUUUCCUGUCUCCGCGAUCAAGAUCAUCCUCCAAGGUUCGCUUCGCUGAAGAUGCGGAUGAUUUUGAAACCAGGUCCAAUCCAUCUACCUCUUCGCGAAGUGUACCGGAGAGGUGGGGGGGAAUGGAAAUCCCGGACGCCGAGCGAGAUGCUGGUAAAGAGAUCCUCUACCAGGUUACGCAGCAGGCUUUCAACGAGCUCCUAGAUGAGAUCUUCAAGAAGAAAGAGGAUCUCGCCGUUCAAGCGGCAGAAACUAAAGAGCAGCGUGAGAAAUACCGGGAGCUCUUAGAUUCGCUUGAUCUCGAAAGCGAAGAUGAUGAAUCCAGAAACCAGUCGCCGGAUGGACGUCGCCCACCCUCCUCGGAAGGAAGCGCUCCAAUCUCCCAGCGGAGCUUGGCUGAAUUGCUUUCGACGAGUGGUUAUAGUAUCCACAGUAGUCGCCGAAUCGAUGAAUCGCAUCCAGCUCCUGAAGUACAGAAUGGGGAGAGUAAAGAAGAGGCUACCAAUGAAGAGACAGACACCCCAUCAAAAGACUUAACUUUCCCUGAGCCUACGGAAUAUCGCGAUCCUACUCUACCCCAGAACCGACCGAACAGUGUAGCUCAGGUAUCCCAUGGCGGUCUCAUACCUAAGGCGGAAAAUAGCACCCAAGAUAAAAAGCCGGCCAACAACUCCAGCCCAUCCAAAAAUGAGGAGACUGUCAAAUCGAAAAUUGUUGCCCCCGAUGACCGGUGCCAUGUUUCGCGUUCCACGCUGAUGACAUGGAAGCGUCUUGACCUUGCGGAACAAGAAGCAAGGGAAAGGGGUGGCUGGGGUCGGCUAAACUAUAAGGAGUUCGAAGAAAUAUAUCGAGAGCACGAAUUCGCAGACAGCAGCCGUAAUCGGUUAGAUUACUUAGGCAGCUGGAUCGAUUUUUGUAUUCCAUAGGGCGAAGAAUCCGAAUAAACUAAGAUACGCAAAAUGAGUUGAUGGUGCGUUUUGUGGUCGUUCUACGCCUGGUAUGCACUUGGCCAGCAGCCGCUGAGGGAAGCAUAAGUAGGUACCUACCUACCUACUGGGUAUAUUAGGAGGUAUUCACUACCUAACCUUAGUAUUUAAUGCAUACUUGAUGCAUUAAUACAGGUGGACUUUUUUUUUUUUAAAAAAAAAAUACUUCAUUUGCAAGAAAGUGUGGAAAUUGUUGGUCCCAUAAAGUGUUUACUUGUGACUGAAGUACUGUCCCGUACAUUUUUGGCAGCAUAUCUAUGAACGUUCUAGGUGGAAAUGCUAAGCAUCUAACGAUAUAUGUAUAAUACGAAUAUAAACCAUAGGAAACAGAGGCGGAUCAUAACAAGAGAAAAUAAUCGACUUCUAACAUUACCUCGUUACCUUAUUUUUCAGAACGCUUGAAGUAGACGGCGUGCAGAAUUUAUAGUCUUUAUAUAUACUGAGCUAUGAGUGAUUUUCACAUAUCAUAACUAUAGCACCUUAGGACAAGCGACUAAAACAACUACAGCAGC